AUGGACCACGAUCAUCACCAUCACGACCAUGGCACGGUGGACGUGGGCGACAGUCCGAGCGACGCUUUCUGCGUAGGUUCGGGCUGGGUGAUGAUGUCCGGUUUCCAGCUGGGCAUCGGGAACACGCAGCCGUGCGUGCUUUUUCUGUUUCCAGGAUGGGUUCUCGACAACCAGGCCCGAUAUUUUGCAGGAUGCUUCGGUGCCUUCAUCAUUCCCGUGGCGAUCGUCGUGCUACAGACGGCCCGUGACCUGGUAGUGGAAAAAGCAGCCACAAAAGAGAAGGGUACGGGUCUCCUCUAUGAUGCCUUCGCCGCAUUCCUUUUCGGCCUUCAGAUGUGCCUCGCCUACUUCGUUAUGCUUCUGACGAUGUUGUACGAGGCAGUGCUCUUUCUGUGCAUCAUCGCUGGCUUCAUGACUUCCUUCUUCAUCCUGCGCCGUGCCAAGCGCCGGAAUCCGGGCACCGUGGAGAAGGGGAGCCUCGAUUGUGCGCCUUGCUGCUCAGGCACAGAAGCCAGCCAACCGUGA